AUGAGAAUUACUCGCUCACUAAAGCUAGACCCUAACGGACAAAUUAUCCAUGCUCUACAGGAGCAUAUAAAAUUUUUAAACCGAGAAAUUAAACGAUGUAAGAAAGAAUCGCAUAUCAAUCUUUUAAACGAAGAAAUUCAAAGAGCCAAAAUUCUUGAAGAAAAAUUAAGACUGAAAGAGAUUACAAUUGAAACUGCUAAUCAAGAGUUAAACAAACUAAGACAAGAAAUAACAUUACUUAAAGGAAUAAUUGAAGAAAAAAACAAAACUAUAACCGCUUUACAAGAAGAAAACGGAAACCUACGAAAUACAAAUGAUGAACUUACUGUCGAAGUUGAACAUUUACGUACUAGAAAUAAUAAUAUCCGUACAAAUUGCAACAAUUUUAUUUCAAUCCAACAAGAACAAAUAAAUGAAUUGCAAAGAACACUAAGGAUAAGAAAUGAAGUAGACCAUGAUAUUUGUAAUUGGAAUAUUACUUGGUUAGAAGAAAGAAUAUCUUACUUUGAGAAUCGGGAAAUACAACAUCAACGGGGUGAAACAGUGGAUCCAUAUUUACCUAGAAGUAAUGCUUUCAUCGGUGAACACGAGUUUAAUCAACAAUUUAAUCUACAAUAA